UUUUUACUGCAUUCUGCUCAGCAACAAGCACUGCUAGAAUCAGUUGCCCGUUCAUCACUUGGAAUUUCAGAGCAUUUCAAACCCUAAAUCUUUACGUAGGGAAAAAUCAAAGCUUGCAUAACAGAAUCCCAGUUUUGGGUAUGUUUUGGAGAAGAGUGAUUGCAGGGUGCGCAUCGGGCCACCCGUUGCGCAUGUUAGCAAGUCAGUCUACGGCCACUCAAGCCAACGGCGGCGCGGCCUCCGCCGUGAACUCUAUAUUGCUCCGCUCCCUCAAAGAUCACUACUUAGAAGUCUCCAAAAUGACGCCUCCCCCUAAAGUGAGCCCUCCUUCACCAUUUACAAUAGUGAAAGGUGCACUUGACUCCAACGGCCCAGUUCUCAAGCGAACCUAUGGUAAUGAGGAAAUCAGCAUCUAUGUGAUGCGGUUGGCUCACGUUGUUUCUGGUGGUGGGAACGAGGAAGAUGAUGAUGGGAUCAAUCAGUUAUUUCUUCAUGUCAGUGUCUCAAAACCUGGCCAAGAUAACUCAUUGCACUUUCUUUGUGGGUUGUAUCCGGAUGCCCUGGGAAUUCACUCUGUUUCUAUGAGGCCAAAGCUUGAGAUGUCUGAGUUUCUUGUUGAACCCUCGAAAUAUAAUGGUCCUAUGUUCCAAGACAUCGAUGAAGGGAUGAGAGAUGCAUUUCACAGCUACAUCGAAGUGCGAGCUAGUAUUGCUGUGGAGUAGAUGAGUUGGAUCCUUGAAGGUUUUGAUAUCAGAACCGUCCAAGCCUAAGGAAAUAUUAGUUUCCAUUAUUAAGCUGCUCGGAUGAAGAGGGAAGCUUGCCAGUAGACUCUUGGUAUCUUAGCAAAGUGGAGGAGUUAAUAAGGAGCCACGACCAAAGGAUGAGAGAUUUUGUAGCUGAAACCUGCAAUUCUCUUGAUGUUGACCUAGAUGCUAAGACUUCUUAGCUUUAAAAAACCUAGAGUUGCAAGAUUUGAGCCGUUGUUGAAUCUGAUGUGAAUUAUGUAUCGUGUAGCUUCAUUCAGGUAUCUUGCUACCCAUUGUGAAUAUCUGUUGUUCCAUAAUCCAACGAGAUUAUGUAGAAACAUACAACUUUUGCCUGGUCCAGUGCAACCAGUAUGGCAUCCAACCUACACGUACAAUCAGGUUAGCAUUGAUUUAUGUCCCAAAUAUUUAGGCCACUCGCUGAACUUUUUGUUUUAUGUUUCAUUUUCUUCGUAGCAUGCAUGCUAUCCUCUAUUU